GUUCCGCGCGUGAAAAUAUGAAAAUGUGAGGAAAAGUGUUUGACAAGGAAGUAGCUUGCUAUGUGGUAUUUUACUUAAGCCAUAAACACACACACGCACACACACACUCACAGGCAUUUCACUGACAACAUGUUUACAUUUUCGACGACGAAAAUUUUGGUAUUUAGCCCUAAAUCCACCGCGACAUUGUGUGAGUUUUGACAGGUUACUUAUAGCUAGCUGGCUAACGCUGGCUAGCUAGAAACUUUCCUAGCAAGACAGCUAAUUAGUGCUUAUUUUACCUAACCAGCAUGGGCUUGCCUGGACUAGAAUAUCUCAGCAUGGGCCAGUUUGGUGAUGUGGUUCAAUCUCAGUCAUGGUGCAGGAGAAAGAGACGAGGUGUCACAUUUAUGUUUUGACACUCCUGUUCACUUGCUUUGCAAUCCAAAGCCGAACUAAAAAGAAAGAGGAUGGAGAGAGAAGAAGAGUGGACGCAAGCAUCCGCAGGAGACGGCACGGCACAAGACAAGGAAAGACUGGAUCAUUUGGGUGUAAAAGAAGGGAUGACUGUGGAAAGGGAUCUUGGAGAGCCCGGGAUAGCAUCGGAUCUGGAUCUGCGACUGAUCAGACAGUCUGCACUGGAAGUGGUGAAGGACGGAUCAGCAUCAAUGCGAAGCUUUCUUCAUGGACAUGCAGUUGGAAAUGGAGAAGCUUUCAAUGCCUUUACAUCUCCCUCUUGUAGCUCAUCUUCUUCCUCGUGCCCUUCUUCCUCUGCUCUCCUCUCCACUUUGUCUCACUCCUCUUCAUCUCCACAGCCCUCUCUCGCUCCUCCUCUCACACCCUCACUAAAGUUGGAUGCAGUGUUAGUGGACGGGAGACUGGUGUUGGACGUGUAUCAGCGUGGGGGCGCAGUGAUGCCCGCUCUGUGGGAGAGAGCUCCAGAGCGGAUGAAGCGGGUACAGUAUGUCCGACUGGGCUCUGAGGACGAGGAAGCACUGGAGGAUGCUCUCGGUGUUCUCCCUCGUCUCACUCAGCUGCGUUCACUAGCUAUUCGAGGCCACCGCUUCUACGAUGCCCGAGGCGAACCCCUGCCUGGCCUGCUGACCUCUCUCCCUCCCUCGCUCUCCUGUUUUUCCCUCCUUGUCCACCUGGAUCUCUCCUUCAAUCGCCUCUCAUCUCUCCCGGCCUGCCUGUUCUCACUCUGUCACCUCUCUGAGCUCCUCCUCUGCCAUAACCUCCUGAUCAGCCUGCCUGGAGAAGUGGGUGGCCUCGUGGCCCUGCGCCGUCUCAGCGUGCUGGGAAAUAAACUGGAGACUCUACCUUCACAGCUUGGUCUUUUGCAUGGGCUACAGGACCUGGACGUGUCCUUUAACCAGCUGACGAGUCUGCCCGAUGAGCUCGGCCUCCUGAAGAAUCUACACACGCUGGAGCUCUCGUCCAACAGGCUUCGAGAGCUGCCCGAGACAUUGGGUUGUUUACACUCUUUGAAGGUGCUGGCAAUCCACAGUAAUGAGUUGCGGGGCGUCCCGGAGUGUGUGAAAUCCCUCCCUGAGCUGACCAGACUGGACGUACGAAAUAACCCACUGGGCCGACCCCCGACCCCCCCACCACUCCCUCUUGCACCAGCAGCUCAAACUGACUCUCCAAUACCAGAGUUACACCUUGCCUUCAACCAACACAAGUUUUCAGUGUCUCCUGCUGGAUGUCAUGUGUUUCUUCCCGGUGGAGGAGAGCUCUUGUUUCCACAGGGCUGCGUUAAGGGCUUUACACAGUUCAAAUGGGCUGAGAGAAAGCCAGACAGGAAGUGGAUAUGGCUUGAGGAGCAUGAUUUCCUGCUAAGUCGUUCUUUGGAGCUGCUUCCGCACGGUGUUACAUUUGACAAGCCUGUAGAAGUGUGCAUUCCCUACCACAGGACUCGUAAAGGGGAGGUGAUUGUGCGCAGGUAUGAUGGUCACUCCUGGGAUACACUACCCACUCAGACCAGAAGAGGGAGCCACAGGCAUAGCUGUAGGCCACGGGGUCGACCUGCGCGGCUGGCGUGCUGCACUGUGAUGCACUUCUCCUGGUUUGUGGCCGUCUCUCGUCCUGUCAGAGACUGUUGCUCGGUAUUGCCAGAGGGGGCGCUGCUGGUGUCUCGCUAUGACCCUGGGAUCAAACUCACUUUUCCUCCGAACUGCACAGCACAUGCGCGCACCGUCACACUGCAGGUGCUGCAGGUGGCACAGUCUGAGGUGCAGGAUCUGACUGGAGAUCCACACGCCAGUGCUAGCCCCCUCCUCUGCCUCUCCCAAACUCCCAGCAUGCACUUCCUCCAGCCAGUCAAAGUGCAGAUCCCCCUUCCUCCUGGACUUACUGGACUUACAGUGGAUAUGUCUCGGCUGCACCUGCUGCAUGGUGACCCUGUGGCUCACACCUGGACUGAUGUCACUGCUCAGGUGUCUCUAUACAUCACACAUCUCUAUGCCAUCUUUUCUGUCACACACUUCUCAUGGUACUGGCUGUGGUACACCACUCACAGCUGUGUUAGUGGAGUGGUGAGGAAAGUGUACCACAGACUAAAACAGUUCAGGGUUCAGUUUCUGGUGCUGCAGAGAAAAACAGACCUCACACAAGUGCUACUGCAGUGUCUGCCUUCAGAUAAGGUCGACAGUAGGUUAGCCUCUCUGUCAGAGCAGUAUGAUGGUCCUCAGCCUUCAGAUGUGUGUAACCUGUUGGAAGGAGAGCAGUUCUUUGCUGGGUUUGAGAAAGGCAUCGACAUCACCUCCGAUCGACCAGACUGUAGAGAAGGCAGACUAUCCUUCACCUUCUACUCUCACUUGAAGAACAUCAAAGAGGUUCACGUGUGCCCGACACACCAACAAGAGGGAACUGUCCGAGGACAGGUAUCGUUCUACAGAGGUGAGGUACCCAGUGACCUGCCAGAGGAAGUGGCGCAGAAAAGGAAAGGCCACGAUAGCCAGUGGAUGGCUACGCUCCCCCUUAGACUUCCGGGUGUUGACCAGGAGGGCAGUGUGUAUGCAGAGCGGCAGUACCCUCCGCUAAACCUCGGUGAUCCUGAGAGCGGCUAUCUGACAGAGACCAACUUGCUGGCCAUCUCAUUACGCAUCAGCCAGGACUGGCGCAGCAUCGGCAUCAACCUGGGCAUCAGCUAUAAGGAGCUGGAUCGCAUCCAGUUCAAACACAGAGAUAACCUAGGAGCCAUGGUGUUGGAGAUGCUCUUCCAUUGGGCGAGAGGGCAGGAGAAGGCGGGAGCAGGAGCGGUCCCACGGCUCAUCGAUGCUCUAAUUGAGAGCGGGAGGCGGGACCUUGCUGAGGAAGUGGAGGAUAUAGUGAAUCUGGGGAAAAAGAAGUACACAGAGUCCCUGAAGAGAGUGGGCCUAGAGACAGAGACUCCAACAACCUCUACUCGGUCUCCAUUAAGCUGACAUAAACGCACACACACACACACACACACACACACACACACACAGAGAGAAGGGAGACAUCUCCCAGGUGCCUAAUGCACAAAUCAGACUAAUGGUGCUGGCCAUUGUACAUUUAAUAUUUAAAGAGCCAAUUAUUUAAUAUAAGACACACACACACACACACACACACACUUCUCUGCAGUGUCCCUGCUGUCAGGUUUUCCACUGUGUGGUCGUUGCUAUGGCUGAGCUGCCGUUGGGCUGAAUCAGCUCCUCACACAUGUCUGCUGAACAAACUUCUUCCACUCUACCUCUCUGUCUCCUGAAGCUUACAACAGCCUUGUGUUCACCAAUCACUAACUUAAACUGGAAUCAGACAAGUGCACUAAAAUGUUUAUAUUGCCAAUGUGUUUUGACCAUUUUGUGAUCACUGAUUGUACAUGAUUUUUAUUUGAACCAUGCCCGAACUACGCUACACUAUGUGGCCAAAAGUCUGUGGACACCUGACCAUCACACUCUUUCCCAAAAUGUUUGAAGCAUAUAAUUGUAUAGGAUGUCUUUCAGGAUCAGGAUCAGAAUCUCUUUAAUAGCCAGUGAGCUUUAAUACAUGAAUUUGACUUGGUCGUGGCCUUGUAUAUCAAACAAAACAAAGAAACCAAAAAAAAAAAGAAAAAACCCCACCAUGCUAAAAAGAGAGCUUGCAGUGAGCUGCAGCAUUACAGUUUCCCUUCACUGGAAGUAAAUGGUGGAUCCAAUAACCUGUUCCAGCAUGACAAUGCUCCUGUGCACAAAGCGAGCUCCAUGAAGACAUGGUGUGUGAAGGUUGAAGUGGAAGAACUCGAGUUUCCUGCGCAGAGCGCCUGAUCUCACUAAUGCUCUUGUAGCCGAAUGAACACAAAUCCCCACAGCCACGCUCCAAAAUCUAGUGGAAAGCCUUCCCAGUAGAGUGGAGCUGAUUAUAACAGUAAAUCAGGAACAGGAUGUUCAGGGGUGUAACGGUCAGGUGUCCACAAACUUUUGGCCAUGUAGUGUAUGAGUGUAUAAUGUUUGUUGACAUCUUAAACAGUCUCUGUAUUAUGUUUUAAUCUGACAAUUUUGUUAACGCACAAAAAUAAAUGUGCUGUGAGAUAA